UCAUCCACCGACAUCCCGGACCCACAUGGCAGCCAGUCGCAAGCCCCGCUCCCCGUCCACCGCUGGCGGCGGCGACCACCUCCGCUUCCUCCGCCCCGGGGCCCUCGCCCGCCUCCGCGACACCAGGCUUCGCCGCGCGAGUCGCACCUCUCGCCUGCCCACGCCCUCAUCAUGGCCGGCGCUGGCGUCUCCCCCUCCUACUGCGACCGGAGACAGCGAGGGCGGCGCAGUCAUGCCGUACUUCGUGCCCGUCUCAGGGUUCCUCGCGCCGCGGUGUCCCCAACGGAAGAAGCUGGCGGCGGCGAAGUACAUGGUACUCUUCUCGCCGUUGCCGCCGCCGCCGCCCACGAGCACCGAUCUGCCCUUGGAGGCGGCUAUCGAGUUCCUGAACUCGCUUGACAUGGUGGUCGCCGCCCACUGAAGUGUCUCGCCGUAGUGUUGUAUAGUUGUGGUAGCCUUGUAGAUUUGGGGAUCUAUUCCUCCCUUAUUUCGUUAGCUUGGUGUUUUUGUAGUUUGUACUGAUCUUGAUGUGAAAAACAAAACACAGAAGAAUA